AUGAACAAACUGCCGUGUCCCAUGGGCCCCUGCGGUGGCCUCAUCUGUGACUGCUGCAGGCUGAACGUGGGACCCUGCGAGGAAUCUGAGACUCCUGAGGCUGUGGCAGCCGCGCCACCAGCAUCCACCGCUGCAGAGCCUGCCAGAUUUGAUCUGGGAGCCACGGAGGUCCAUCCCGUGCACUACCACAGCAAUGCAAAGAUCUCCAAAGGUUUGCCUAUGGGUUCCAAGCGCUGGACAACAAAACUAUGGAAAUGGAGCAGACUUUGUUGUGCAGGAAAUAAAGAUUCUGAUGAAGAUCUGCAGGCAUCUGCACAGAGCGGUGUGGAGGAGAAUAUGAGAUCAGAACUUAGCAAUUCGAAAGCCCAGCCUCAACUCUGUCCUGUUGAAGAUCUGCAGGCGUCUGCACAUGACAACAUGGAGGAUAUGAAAUCAGAACGUAGCAAUUCGAAAGCCCAGCCUCAACUCUGUCCUGUUGAAGAUCUGCAGGCGUCUGCACAUGACAGCGUGGAGGAUAUAAAAUCAGAACGUAGAAAGUCGAAAGCCCAGUCUCACCUCUGUUUGCCUAUCCGUCCCAAGGGCUGGACAACAAAACUAUGGAAAUGGAGCAGACUUUGUUGUGCAGGAAAUAAAGAUUCUGAUGAAGAUCUGCAGGACUCUGCACAGAGCGGUGUGGAGGAGAAUAUGAGAUCAGAACUUAGCAAUUCGAAAGCCCAGCCUCAACUCUGUCCUGUUGAAGAUCUGCAGGCGUCUGCACAUGACAACAUGGAGGAUAUGAAAUCAGAAUGUAGCAAUUCGAAAGCCCAGCCUCAACUCUGUCCUGUUGAAGAUCUGCAGGCGUCUGCACAUGACAGCAUGGAGGAUAUGGAAUCAGAAUAUAGAAAGUCGAUCAUCCAGUCUCGCCUCCGUUUGCCUAUGGGUUCCAAGGGCUGGACAACAAAACUAUGGAAAUGGAGCAGACUUUGUUGUGCAGACAAUAAAGAUUCUGAUGAAGAUCUGCAGGCGUCUGCGCAUGGCAAUUCUGAUGAAGAUCUGCAGGCGUCUGCACAUGGCAGUAUGGAGGUGAAUAUGGGAUCAGAACUUAUUCUGAUGAAGAUCUGCAGGCGUCUGAACAUGGCAGUGUGGAGGUGA